GUUAUUUGAAAUAGUGUAACCAUAUGAAAAUAAAUUUUAUUGUUUUCCGCUUUUCUCGCGAGUGUCACACUGGUGAAGAGCAGUAGUCCCAAACAACAAUGCGCACGCAAAAAUAAAAUGGAGUGUCCACAGAUUGAUUUAUAUGAAUUCCUCACCGAGUCCGAGCUGCAGCAGUACUAUAAUGCCAUCAAAAACGAAUUAAAAAUAACAAGUGCAGCUCAAUUUAAAUAUGCAACGGAUGAGGAUUUACGUUUUAUUGGUCUAUCGCGACCGGAAAUCCGAAGACUGCGUAAAUUCUACGAGAAGCACUUUCCCCACAGUUACCUCAGCAAGAUAAAGCGGCUUCUCCAAGCGCCCGCCACAAUAGUAAAGCGUGAGGAUGGCGUGGGCGGACAGGCGACAAGUGAUUGCAACAGCAGCACGGCAGCAACCACAGCAGUUACACGAAAUGGGGGCAGCUCACCGGGCAGCAAGGUGCCCAACAAUAAGCACAUUAUUCCAGCUGAUUCCAUUAGCGUCAACAAGCAGCUGGGCAUCGGGGAGUUCGGCAUUGUGCAGCAGGGUGUCUGGACAAAUGGCAGCGAGCGGAUUCAAGUGGCCAUCAAGUGCUUGUGUCGCGAGCGUAUGCAAUCGAAUCCCAUGGAAUUUCUCAAGGAGGCGGCGAUAAUGCAUUCAAUCGAGCACGAGAAUAUUGUGCGUCUUUAUGGCGUGGUGCUGGCCACCGAUUCCCUGAUGCUCGUCACUGAAUUGGCGCAUCUACGUUCCUUGCUCGAGUGCCUUAAGGAUUCCGGAUUGCGUGUCAGCUUCCUCACGAUUCCCACACUCUGUGAGUUCGCUCUGCAGAUUUGCAAUGGCAUGCGAUACCUGGAACAGAAGCGACUCAUACACAGGGAUUUGGCUGCCAGGAAUAUUCUUGUCUUUAGCAAGGAUAAGGUGAAAAUCUCGGACUUUGGCCUGUCGCGUGCGUUGGGCGUGGGCAAGGAUUACUACAAGACAAACUUCAAUGUGAAUCUUAAGCUGCCGAUAGCUUGGUGUGCUCCCGAGUGCAUCAAUUACUUGCGUUUCACCAACGCCUCCGAUGUAUGGGCCUACGGCGUUUGUCUCUGGGAGAUGUUCUCCUAUGGCUUUCAGCCCUGGGCAGCGCUGACAGGGCUGCAGAUACUGGAAGCCAUCGAUGCGCCCAAUUACCAACGCCUGGAGCAGCCAGACUGCUGUCCCCGCGAGUACUAUACGUUAAUGAUGAAGUGCUGGCAGGAUGACGCCGCCAAGCGUCCAAAGUUUAGCGAAAUCUACGAACAGCUGCCGGAUAUGAAGCCUGAGCAACUCAAGGCUGUUGUCAACUGCGUGGAGCCGAAGAAGGAUCAUUUGUUGUAUCGCCAGGGAGACAUUAUCAGUGUGCUCGAUCGCAACACUGGAACACCCUUCUGGAAGGGUGUGCUGAGCACCGGCAAGACGGGUUACUUCAAUCCCUCGAAUACGGUUGCCUUUCUGGAGGGAUUGCCCUGCUCCAAUCGGGAUUCCUUUAGUCGCGUGGGCGACCAUCGCAUCAGCAAGCGUAAGCUGCGAACGGAGAUGAUUUCCAAGCCGCAGAAUGACUUUAAGCACACAGGACAUGUGGGCAUUGAUGGAGCCACCUUUGGCGACAUUGCCUUCCUUGGCAGCUCCCAAAAUUAUAAUCAUGUGCCCAAGCAAAUUGUGACGCCGUACAAACCGUCAGAGGACAUUGAACAGACACCUUUGCUGCUGCCACCAACUCCGACCAGUCCCGACUCUCUCCAAACGGCCAGUGGUUAUUUCCCCGAGGGUGCUGGUACCUCAAUGAAUCCCACGUUUAUUCCCUCCACGGAACACACGCCCAAAUUGAUACCGAACAAUGGACAGAGCUCCUUUGACUUUGCUGGCUCAAAUCCCUUUGCCUCGCACAAACUGGAUGAGGAGCAGCUGGCGUAUGCUCUGCAGAACAACAACUAUGGCGUCGAUGGCAAGAGCAUUCACUCCGAGACCAAUUGGCGUGCCAGCUCACGUAAUGCAACCGAUGAUUUGCACGAAUACCACGAGAUAUCCGAUGAUGAAAUCACCGGCGAUAAACUGGACUUUGGACCUUCACUUUUGGAUGAAAUAAACUCCAUGUUUGGCUCGAUAAGCGGCGCCUCGGGCAGUCAGCCAAAGUCACCGGACUUUGAUCGUGUGAACACAAAGAAUGAAUUCGCUGAAAUGUCGGCAAAAUAUGGACAUAAAAGUGGCGACACCAAUGGCAAUAAACAUGGCCUGCUGUCGAAGAAGAAAACUGCCACAGGCACUGUAAAGCCCAUUUCGGUCAAGGAUGAGAAGAUUCUGAAUCAUGCCAUUGAAAUUGCCAAUGAGAUCAGUGCCAGAUCGAUGAUUGACUUGGUCUCGGAUCACACUCCAGCCACGCACAGUCCCAAGCGCAAGUUCAGCUUUCGUUUUCCUCAUCUAAGCAGCGGAGGCAACGACAAGGCGAGCAGCGUCGUUGGAGGCGCCACUGGCAACUCGGCGCUUACGCCCACACACGGCAGUGCAUCGCCCUUCUCGAAAAAGAAGAACUUUACGGAGGAACUGCAGAGCAUACCCGAUAUCCAGCGAUUUCGUUCCUUGAGCGAGAUUAAGAACAGCUCCGAGCUGCGUAUUCCAAUCUUUGACAAGGAGAGCUCUGACUUUCUCUUUGAGAAGUCUCGCGAGAUUCUCUGUCGACCCUUAAACAGAGAGCGGAGUAACGAGGAAGCGAGAGAUUUGGAAAGGGAACCAAAGAACAUUAAUGAUAAUAUCAUGGAUAUUGAGAACACUCUAAAGGCGCUCAACUUGGACUUUAUGCACACGUACACGGAGCUGGACAAGAGUGACUCCAACGAUACGAUUCUGAACGACCAGGUGCCUCAGUUGCUGGGCUCCUUGGACGAUGGCAUCGGCAGUGCCAAUGGCAGCCUCAAGUCGGCUGUCUACAGUUACAGCAAUGGGGUCCAGACCAUGUUUGACUUCAAUGCGGCGACCAGUCACCUGGACAAGCAUCUGCAGUACAUGCACAACCAGGCGCAGCUGCAGAGUCAACAGCUGACGAGUGCCACGGAGCAGAAGCUGCACGAGGACAAGCGGAGCAGCACACCGGACACGGGAUUCGCCUCGAGGGACACGAACAUCUCGUUGUCGCGUCGCAGCAGCCAGAAGAGCAGCUACAGUCCACAGGAGAGCUACUUCCCCAUCAAGGGGGAGACACUGUACAGUGCUCCGCCGGUGGUGAUGAGCAGCGGCUACGAGAGAUUCGGACAGGCAACCAAGCAGCUUCUGGCCAGUGCAUCUCCGGUCAAGUCCUCCUUCCUAAAUGCCAGCAGCAGCGCAGUCUAUGCGGUGGCCACCAAAAGCUAUCGCCAGCGUUCCACAUCCUUCAAUGAGAGCUUCCAGCCCAUUUCCCCCGUGUUGUCGGAUAUCAAGUCCAGCUCGCGUCCACCGCCAGCGACACAGCCACAACAGCUGCCACUGCCCCGACGCAGUGCAUCUUACAAGCCACGCUCGAUUCGGGCACGCACGCUGCGCCGACUUAGCUACAAUCCCAUGACUCUGGACUCGAGCAGCUCCUCCAGCGGCGGCGAGGAGUCCAACAAACCGAAUCUGGCGCGCUCCGAGUGUGAUAUUCGUGCUCGUGUCCAGGCCAGCUCGAGCAGCUCCCUGUGCCGUCGUCGUCGGGCGGGUCUCCAUCAUCGGCAGGUGCAGUCUGCCUGCCAGGAUGAGCGGGAUGCCAUCAUCUCGCCACGUCAACUCUAUGGCUCCAAUUCCAGCAUCAAAUCGGCUCCUCACUACAAUCUCGCCGGCAAUCGACGCAGCUUCCAUCGACCUGGAGCCGGUUACGAGCAGUUCCAUUACGACGAACGCAUCUACGACUUUGGCGGACGUGGACCGGGCAACAAUUACAAGGCACAACACGCGCUGUUGGCCCCAACGCCAUCUCAGAAACUUAGCUCCGGCUCGGGCUCCUCGUCGGCUGCCUCGUCGGCGGUGGCAACAUAUCGUACUGCCUCCUCCACGGCUGCAGUGCCUCCGCGUCCAGUGAGCGGCGUCACGUUGCAUGAAUUUGACAUCAGUCGACUAACGGGCAAAAGUCCCACGUCCACCAACUUUGUGGGCAGUUCGCCGGAUGAGUUGAAGCAGCGAUCGCAUCUCGUCAAGCCGCAGCGUCCCACGGAGUUCCAUUGGCCCGAGAAGAUACAUGUGUCCACUGUAAAGCAACACGAAUUGCAUUGGCGGCAACUCCAACAACAACAACAACAGCUUCCCUUGGUGAUACCAGCUGGAAGGGAUUCCAGUGACAGCAGCUCAUCCUCGAGCACGGAGAGCGGAGAUGAGUUCCAAUUCCGACAAGAAUUCAUUGCACCAAGGAUUCCGCCCAGUCCGGCUCCAUAACUAAGGAAAAUGCUGAAAUAUGUUCUCAAUUUACUAUUCGGACAUGUGCUCUCGGAUUAAUCCAUUGAUUAAAUCUACGUGUACGGUGUGGUGUGGUGUGUUUUGUUGUAGUGUGGUGUGUUACCAUCUGGUGUGUUGUGUUGUGUGUCGAAAAGUAAAUUGCAGAAAAUAUUUACAGCCGUUUGAAAUAUUUUUAUGAUAAUAGCAUAUAUAGAUAUGGAUUUUUGAUGGAUUUGCAUUUUGUUGAGAGUGUGCCUUAUUUGGAAACACGCAAGACCUCUCAGAACGGAUAAUAAUACAGUGGAAUGCGCUUAAUUGCACCAAUACUUAAAUGCCUGAAUUAUGUCAUAAAUUAAAAAAAUAAACAAGAUUACCAAAAUUUAACUAAAAUAAAUGAUAAUAAUUUUAUAAUAAUGCGCCCAGUUUUGCAAUUAAGCACAUUACACUGUACUCACAAUGUGCACACUUUGCGCACUUGUUUUGAUGUCAGAUAUAAUGUCAGUUACAGAUACAGAUACAAAUACAGAUCAAUUCAAUUGGGAAUUACAUUAAGCAAUAAAGCAAA